GUUCUAUUCACCCUUCUUCUUCCUUAUCCUCUGUGCAUUCAUUACCCUGCCCACACCCAAUCCAUCCAAGUACAGUAAUUCACCCAUCCAAAUAGAGUAAUGGAGCAUUCUAAACGUUAUAUGCAUAGACAAACUUUGAUUUUUCUAAUCCUUCUUCCUUAUCCUCUGUGCAUUCAUUGCCCUGCCCUCACCCAAUCCAUCCAAGUACAGUAAUUCACCCAUCCAAAUAGAGUAAUAGAGCAUUCUAAACGUUAUAUGCAUAAACAAACUUUGAUUUUUCUAAUCCAUCUGGAGAUCUCUCUCUCUCUCUCUCUCUCUCUCUCUCUCUCUCUCUCUGAGAAACCCACCACGGUUUUGAUUUUCUUGUAAAAAUGAAUAAUUACUAGAGAUUUAGAUCUGGGUGUGGUUCACUAUGAAGGGUUGUUCAAUUCAUAGUCGAAAGUUUGCUACUUUACUCACAUUAUCAACUGGUAUUAUAUGCGUUUCUUUAGUUUCUUCUGUAAUUGGUGAAGAUGAUGUCAAAUGCCUGCAAGGCGUUAGGACUUCGCUUAAUGACCCACAAGGGAAGCUCAGCUCCUGGAACUUCGCCAACUCAUCGUCUGGAUUCCUCUGCAACUUCGUCGGUGUGUCUUGCUGGAAUGAUCAAGAAAAUAGGAUUAUCAACCUGCAGUUACGGGACAUGGGCCUGUCUGGACAAGUCCCUGAGUCCUUAAAGUACUGUGAGAGCCUGCAAAAUUUGGAUCUUUCAUCUAAUGCUCUAUCUGGUACGAUUCCUACUCAGAUCUGCACCUGGUUGCCUUAUUUAGUUACUCUUGAUCUAUCCAAUAAUGAUCUCUCAGGGUCUAUACCACCUGAUCUUGUGAACUGUACUUAUUUAAAUAAUUUGAUACUUUCAAACAAUCGUCUCUCUGGACCUAUACCUUAUGAAGUCUCUAGUUUGGCUAGGCUAAAGAAGUUUUCUGUGGCAAAUAAUGAUCUUACCGGUACAAUUCCUUCCUUCUUUAGUAAUUUUGAUUCCGGGGAUUUUACUGGGAACGAUGGACUUUGUGGGAAGCCUUUAGGAUCCAAGUGUGGUGGGUUAAGCAAGAAGAAUCUUGCUAUUAUAAUUGCUGCUGGGAUCUUUGGUGCUGCAGCAUCUUUGUUGUUGGCUUUUGGGGUGUGGUGGUGGUAUCAUUUAGGGUAUUCUAGGAGGAGCAAGAGAGGGUAUGGCAUUGGAAGAGGUGAUGAUGCUAGUUGGGUUGACAGGUUGAGGGCUCAUAAGCUUGUUCAGGUUUCAUUGUUUCAAAAGCCCCUUGUUAAGGUUAAAUUGGCUGAUUUAAUGGCAGCUACUAACAAUUUUAGUUAUGAGAAUAUCAUAAUUUCGACCAGGACGGGUACUACCUAUAAGGCAGUUCUUCCUGAUGGAUCUGCACUUGUAAUCAAGCGUCUUAGUACUUGUAAGCUUGGUGAGAAGCAGUUUCGCUUGGAGAUGAAUCGGUUGGGACAGCUUAGACAUCCAAAUUUGACACCCCUUUUGGGUUUUUGUGUUGUGGAGGAUGAGAAACUUUUGGUUUAUAAGCAUAUGUCUAAUGGGACUUUGUAUGCUUUACUUCAUGGAAAUGGUACCUUAUUGGAUUGGCCAACGAGAUUCAGAAUCGGUUUGGGUGCUGCUAGGGGUCUAGCAUGGCUUCAUAAUGGGUGCCAGCCUUCAUUCUUGCACCAAAACAUAUGCUCCAAUGUGAUUCUUGUUGAUGAAGAUUUUGAUGCUCGGAUCAUGGAUUUUGGAUUGGCAAGGCUCAUGACUUUCUCAGAUUCUAAUGAGAGCAGUUAUAUUAAUGGCGAUUUAGGAGAAUUUGGUUAUGUGGCACCAGAGUACUCAAGUACUAUGGUUGCUUCAUUGAAAGGGGAUGUUUAUGGAUUUGGGGUGGUGCUUGUAGAGCUUGUGACAGGGCAAAAACCUCUUGAUAUUGGUACUGCUGAAGAAGGAUUCAAGGGUAACUUGGUGGAUUGGUUGAAUCACCUCUCAAGUUCAGGUAGAAUCAAGGAUGCAAUUGAUAAGACUCUUUGUGGGAAGGGACAUGAUGAGGAGAUCUUGCAGUUCCUGAAAAUUGCUUUGAAUUGUGUGGCUGCUCGGCCCAAGGACAGAUGGUGUAUGUACCAAGUUUACCAAUCAUUAAAGACCUGUGGCAAUGACCUUGGUUUCUCAGAGCAAGAUGACGAAUUUCCAUUGAUUUUUGUCAAGCAAGACAAUGAAUGAACAAGUGUAAAUACAGAAGUAAGAUGCAAGAAAAAGAAGCUGACAAAAACUCUUAUCAUAUUGAAUUCACACAUUUUCUGGUAAGUUCUCGGAUGCCCCGGUUGUAAAUGGUAUGACGUCCACUUCAGCUUCCUUUCCCUAUUUGUUGUGCAUAUAUAGCUGUUUGUUAAACAUUUCCUUAGCUUAGGCCUCUUGGAUUUCAAGAAACAUCAAUUGUUUUGCCUUCUUGUUCCAUGACAAACAACCCUUGUAGCUGCCUGAAAUUUGUAAUAUGCUCCGUCUGUAGCCUUAGAAAUUUGCAAAGUAAAGAAUGCUUAGUGAGAUAACUAAAUAGAAGCAACGACGGGGCAGAAUACUAGUAAGGACACAUUUCCUGCAGUCUCCUCUAACAGGAAUUAUACUCUGGCUUUUUCAGGACUCGAAUGAAAUAGCUUUUUCCAUUUA